AUGUGGGAAUGCGGCGUGUCGGGGCACGGAGAGGAUUGGGGGGUCGUGAGGAGUCAUUACGUGCGGGGGGCCCCAGCAGGAGCCACCAUGUUCCAGGCCACCACUUGCCUCAAGCACCAGGGAGAUGGCAGGGAGCCCCCACUGCCACCACCAUCGGAAUCCCCGCUUGUCUCCCCUCCGGAGACGCUGUUCCGACAGGGAAGUGGGGUCACCUACCGCAUCCCAGCUCUGCUCUACAUCCCCCCGGAUGAAUCCUUCCUUGCCUUUGCCGAGAAACGCUCCUCAGCCCGGGAUGAGGACGCCAAGUACCUGGUGCUGCGUCGGGGCUGCCGGCACGGCUCCUCGGUGAAGUGGGGUCCGGUGGAGGAGCUGUCGGCGCUGGCGCUGCCCGGCCGCCGCACCAUGAACCCGUGUCCGCUCCUCGAUGCCAGGAGCGGCACCAUCUUCCUCUUCUGCAUCUGCGUGGAGCAGGGGAAGACAGAGCAGCACCAGAUCUGGAGGGGGAGCAGCGCCGCGCGUCUCUGCUUCUCCACGAGCGCCGACGGCGGCCGCAGCUGGGCCCCGCUGCGGGACGUGACGGACGAGGCCGUCGGCGCCGACCUGUCCCGCUGGGCCACCUUUGCCGUGGGGCCGGGCCACGGCGUGCAGCUGGAUUCGGGGCGGCUCGUGGUGCCGGCGUACACCUACUACAUGCACGGGCUCCUGUGCGGGGCCGCUCGGCUGCCCUGCUGGACCCGCCAGCACUCCCUCGUCUUCUACAGCGAUGACGGCGGGCGCCGCUGGCACAAGGGCGCCCUGCUCGCCGGCGAGCGCACGGGCGAGUGCCAGGUAGCCGAAAUCCGCGGCGCCCAGCCGCCCUUGCUGUACUGCAGCGCCCGUGCCCCGCACGGCUGCCGCGCCGUGGCGCUCAGCGCCGACCGCGGGCUGCGCUUCCAGCGCCCGGCGCGCUGCCCGGCGCUGGCCGAGCCCCCGCACGGCUGCCAGGGCAGCGUGGUGAGCUUUGCCGCGCCCGCCGGCACCGCCGGGGCGCCCACGUGGCUGCUCUACUCCCACCCCACCGACCGGCGCCACCGGCGCGAUUUGGGUGUCUACCUGAACCCGUCGCCGCUGGACGGGGCGGGCUGGCGGCGCCCCUGGGUGCUGCACGCGGGGCCUGCCGGGUAUUCCGACCUGGCCGUGUGUCCAGGCAGAGUUUUCGGCUGCUUGUUCGAGUGCGGCACCGCCAGCGCCUGCGAGGAGAUCGUCUUCUGCCUCUUCACCCUGGACUCCUCUGAUCAGAACCUCAAGGCUUCCUAAAAACAGACCUGUGUUAGUCAAGGGGGUCACUCCUGACUGCUGGUAUCCCGAUCCAGACCUCCCCAGGAUGUUUUGGAUGCUCCAGAGGCUCAGCAUCGUGUCGCUUUUAAUUUUAUAUUUAAUUAUGGCUUUUUAAUCACCCAUCAGUUGGUGGUGGUAGAGGAUCUGCUGCAGGCUGGCCAAGGGGUGCUGGCACAGCACCCAAAAUGAUGCUGCUCCUCCAAAAAUGGGCAUUUUUCACCUGGUAGCAGCAAAAAAGUGCCACCGAGAGCAGCUGGUUCCCUGAGGCAGAAGUCCCCUAAAGUCUUAUGUAAGUUAAAAAUGUUUCCAGUCCCUGUGUCGCCCUCAUGUGGCAGAGAGAAUUCCUAUUUUUUAUCCUGUUUUAUUCCAAUUGCCUGCUUUGGGCCUGUAUUCCCAUAGGAAAAAGAACUCUGGUCUUGCAGGGAUUUUUUUAUUCUGCUCCAUAGGAAUGGGUUGUGGCAUCCUGACGGCGACAGCAACCUCACAGUCCUGUGCUGCUGGCAAAUAAAGUCCUCCCAAAGCAGGUGAAA